CUGGAUUAUUUUCACAAUAAAUUUAUCUUUAUAUUAUUGUGUCCAGUAUUUUUACUAGUAUACAUGCAAGAAGAACCACCAACACUUACAGAGGAAGAAAAAUAUCUAAUAAAAUGUUGUUAUAACAAUCUGGAAUGUUGUAAGCGAGAACCAACAAAUUUUGAAGUAAGAACUCUACUUUUAAAGUGCCAGAAGCAAGAAACGGAUUUUAAGAAUAGAGAGGAUUUCGUAACUGUAAAAAAAACUGCAUUCAGAGAUGAACCAACAAAAGAACUAACUGAAUGUAAUAAGAAAUUAAAACUUACUAUAAGAAUUAAAAAUAUGGGUCUCACUAAUUGCAAGAAUCAAUACCUUAUUAUCGACCACGCUUUUGAUCCUAUUACUGGAAUUAAGCAAAAACUUUUCAAUGUAUAUGUAUUGCAAAUUAAGCAACAGCCAGUUUUGGAGAUUUAUGGACUAUGUUACGAAGCUAUGGUUAAUGCACAAGCCAAAGAAGUUGUUUUUAAUAAAAAUACUCCAGGUUAUACUGGCUGUAAGGAGGGAACUUCAAGUCCUUGUGAAAUGAUGCAGUAUGAAGACAGAGUCGUGCCAUACAGCGAUGGAUUUUGUUGCAAUUGCGAUUCAGAGAAGAAAAGUGACUUUUAUAAAAGCUUUUCUGAUGCUGAUCGGCAAAAAACUAUGGCUAAUGGUAAAGAAAAACUAUACACACAACCACGUGGAGGCCAAGAUUGUAACGACCAACAAACACCUGCUGAUAUGGAUCCCCAAGCAUACCAUGCAAGUAGUCAUUGUCUUAAAUUUUCCGAUCUAUGGUACUAUGUGUACCAUGUUCGUAAACCUGUAAUAAAACAUUUAGUAUCCGUACAAAUAUUUCAAAAGUUUAAUACAUUGGAGUCGGGAUGUAAGUGGAAAGACUUGACAAAGAAAAACUUACUAACGAUUGGAACUUCCACACGAUAUUAUAAUAGCGAUGAUAAUUCAAUAAUUAUUCGAUAUAUAGCCCCAGAAAUAAACGAAGCAGACUUUGGCUUAAAUUACAAUUUUCACAGAAUUCUUAUUCCUGACAUAUCUAAUUUAGAAGAUAUCGAAAAUCACCCAGAAGUUCAUGGAGGCGCAGACGAGUACUUGGUAGUUCGGUCAAAUAAAGUGCAGCCAAAUGGAAGAAUUUGUAAUGUAGCUGGAGUUGGGUAUGAAGCAUUUGCUAAGCAACAAAAAGCUUGUCAAUUACCAAAAGGUUCUUGUCUUAAAAAUCAGCCACUACAAAUGUGGGCUGAAGAUAAUUUUAAACAAUCUAAAGGAAAAAGGGGAAAUUAUUUUUUACAAAAUUAUGGAGUAUUGCUUGAAAACACUUUGACUCCUAAUAAGGAAGAAAACAAAACUUUAACAUUCUUUUUUACAAAAAAUUACUUAAGUACCUUAGAAAUGCAAAUAAAAGAUGACGACAAUACUAUUUUAAGACCUAGCAGUUUAGCAGCACUAACAGAAAUAUAUGUUGACGGCACAGAUUCACAAAAAACUUCUAUAGUCGCCAAGGUAUUUAACUCUGGAUUAGAAUCUAGUAUAUUUUACAUAGUUUUAACUGAGUGCCCUUUAAGUCUACCGGCUAGUUUUAGCCAUAUACAAUCUAUGCCGGCUUUAAUAGCUCCUCAACAUCAACAUAUCUUUAAGUUGGAUAUUCACUGUCCAUUAACAAUCAGUACUUUUAUUUGUAGCUUACAAGUGCUGAACUUAAAAAAAGAGUUGAUUGCGGUUAGGAAAGUUAAAUUAAGACAUCAAGAUCGAUGUUUUUGCAUUUGGUAUUGUUCGUGUACUUGUUAUAUUGCCGAUUAUGGUCUCAAAUGUAAAGUUUUAUCUUUGUUGGCUUAUCACGCAGCUGGCUUACAAGGUGGUAUGCCGGUCUCUCUUCAGUUAAUGGAAUAUUCGUUUUCUGACUAUCUAGUGUUUUUAAUGAUGUACGUAAUAAUUACCCUAUGUUUAACUCUAUUAGUAAUGGGUACAAUUAAAGCCUUACUAGGUCUAUGUUUUAUACCCAUUGGAAUAUGGGGCUUAGAUAUAAUUUUGGAUUUACCAAGAAAAAUUAACAAAUACUAUGAAAAUGACAUAAGUCACAUGCGAGUAAUUUAUGAUGAAUUUGAUUGGCCAAUCCAUCCUGUUACUGGAGUAAGAGUAAGGAAUAUACCGAUUCAAGCAGAAUUUUGUAUAAAUAUAAUGUUUUUUAUUGUAUACCCAUUCUGUGUGUUUUGCAUUAUUGCCAAAAAUAAUUUCUCAAACAAAAGCACAGAGACGAUAAAAAUUGAUACUUGCUAUUGUCAGCAUGGUAUAGCUGUUGUAAGGAAAAAUAGUAGUUUACAAAUUUCGAACAAAAAACCAUCAAAUACAGAAAAAUUUGACUGAAUCCUAUGUUAC